AUGGCAGAUGCAAGCUUUCAACGGGAGUUCCUGGAAACUCACAAUGCCUACAGAGCACAGCACAACACACCACCUAUGACUCUCAACAAUGAGCUGAAUGCGGCGGCUCACGAAUGGGCGCAUCGCUUGCUGACUUUGGGUGCUGCACAGCACAGUGACAGCAAUGAUGGAGAGAAUAUUUAUUUCAAGUGGAGCUCAGUACCCAUUAAACUAACAGGGAAAGAAGCAGUGGAUUCAUGGUAUGGUGAAGUCCAGCAAUACAACUGGAGGAACCCAGGAUUUCAAAGCAACACAGGUCAUUUUACUCAGGUUGUGUGGAAAGCAAGCACCCAACUGGGAGUGGGUAUGGCCACUGAUGGCAACAAGGUUUUUGUUGUUGGGCAGUAUCGACCAGCCGGCAACAUCAGCAUGAGCCAAAACUUCAGGGAAAAUGUCCUCCCACGAGUACAUAUAAAACAAACAAACCCAGUAACGGGGAGCGAGCACGUAGGAGCCGAUGUGCAUGCUGAAGUCAGGAUUCAGAGACAGCAUGAUGUCCUGCAUGGCGGAAUUGAAGACAAGUUCCUGCUGGGAGCAUGGCCAGACGCAGUGGAGAAGGUAAAAAUCUUCCGAGGCGCCUGAGGAGCAACACAGAAGAAGAGGGCAACGCUACUACCGAAGCAGGCGUCCGAAAAGCAGCCCAUCCCUGGGGGUGAACGUCAGCGACUGGAGAGAGUGGAGCAGAACUAGUCCACAACGUGGCAAAGUCCUCCAUCUGAGCCAUUAGGAUGGAAGCUGAUAAGAGCUUCUGAGGGAUUUGGCUAGCUAGCUGGCACAAAAAAAGUAGGUGGUGGUCCCAGGUGAAAGCCUGCCCGGGUUCCACCUUCAGCCACGGUACGGCAAUUACCAUAAUGUGACUUCAGACCAGUUGUUCUACUGUAAUUACAUGACCGAGUAGCUCGAGUUCGUAUAUAGUGGGGGAUGGGCGAGCCAUGCAGACGGCCGACUGCGUCACUGAGCGUUCUUUUAAUCAAGCUCACCAAAAUAAUGAAAAAAUGAUGUGAAAUGAUGAAAAAAAACCAGUUCAACACUAUAGCUCCACAAUUCAUUACCUAUACCAUAUAUAUAGUUCUCAGUCUCUGUAUAUGUUUUCAGCAACUAUCUUCAAACAAGUAUAAUGUAUUUUGAAACAAAGCUCGGAAUUCACUUUACGGGGACUAACCUAUUUCAUAAAUGGGAGAAACCCCACACGAGACGAUAAAAUAUCGGCAUGUUUUUUUCUCUCUCAAUAUGUAGUGUACUGAAGAUGCGCAACACAGCACACACCCGACCAACAAGUCUCGUCCCCACGUUGCAUUUUUCUGUGGACGGCUGAAGCGUUCACUUGCUAACGUGUGUUUUAUAAACAUGGCAAACAAUACAGUACAUGGGCCAUUUUCAUAUAAUUUCAUCAAUAACAGUAAAGAUGUGGCCCAAUGAAUUUCCUUUUGAAAAUCAAAUAAUUUGACUUGAAUCAUGUGCAGUUGUUAUCCAUCAAAAGCUCAAAAUUGUUUCUCAGAAAAUAUUAUAAAGUCAUAUUUUUCAAACUUUUAAUGCCAAAAUGUCUUUACCGUUAGGCAUCCCAAAUUAAGUUUCAUGAUUUGUUACGUUUUUGUGUCUUUUUAGAUUUAUAGCAUUUGUCUCCUAUUGCUUAGUAUGCCUUUUCCAUGAAAACUAACACAAGUGCAUCUUAGUUUCUUCUAUUCCCUUUUUGUUUUUGUUUUUUUUUUUUGGGGGGGGGGGGCAGUCUUUUCCAAAUGCUGCUUCUUUUGUCACUCAAGCUGUCUCAUUAUGUUGUUGCAAUCCACCAGCGGUAUCUGUAAUGUUACAGAAGUGCCAGGGUUGGAAUUUGUGAGUGUUGGAACUAAUUGCUAUUGUGUACUAUUGUCUUCACCAGGAAUAUGAUUGGAUAAAGACGAGUGUAAUGUGUAGUUAGGACCAUUUAUCCACUUCAAACUCUCUAUCCUCAAGAGUUUGAAGGGCAACACGUAAAAUUAUGCAACUCACUUUACCGUUAUAAAGUAUCAAUGGGUCGCCAUCAUUUUCCCUCUUAAGGACUGCAUUUACUAUGAAUGCCUAACAUUUUAAAACAUCCAUAACCUUUUGAAAAUAACACACUGGCUCUUUCAGCAUGGGAGACACUUACCCAUAUAAAACACCCAAAAAUGUGAAAUUAUAAUUUUUCUUGGGCAGGUUUCUUCACCAUCAUUGAUUAAACUUAUAUGAAAAUGACCAACAUAGCCAUGUCACUACCUGUAGAGCGGUGUGUCUCCCACUCUAAACUGAUACCUGUAAGUGGCAGUCCAUAACUUUCACCCUUUGGACCAAGCAGCAUUUUCUUCUGGCAUUGAAGUAGGUAAUGGUGAUACCAGUUUUAAAAUCUGGUCAAAACUGACCCUGGAAACUACAAACCAAUUAAAAUCCGCCGUGACUUUUAAGAUUGCUGAAAAGUCUACACUGCAAAAAAAGGGAGUUAUAAGAACAUUUUAAAAAAUGACUUAUGGGAAAUGUUUCUUAUUUCAAGUCUAAAAAGAAAAAAUAAUCUUGAUGAGCAAAUUCUGCAUUCGUAACUUUACCGCAAAGAAAAAUAUUGAAUUUUUUCUUCAUAAGAAAUGAUCGCUAAUUUUAAGAUUGAAUUGGUAAUAGAAGCAACAAAGUUUGCAUAAAAUCCAGAACAGAAGAGCAAGAUAUUUUUUUCUUAUUUUAAGAUUGCACAACUUCUCAAUUUAAGAAAUUGGGGAAUUAUACCAUUUAAAGUUUCAAUUCAGCAGUUUUUUGCACCACGCAAAACAACUUAAAACUGAAUGGUGAAUCAGAACUACAUGUCAUGCUUUUUUGGAACUUGCAUGGCUCGUUGUGCCUCGCCUUCGUCUCCACCCACCACCUACCCCCUACCCCCUUUCCCUCUCUCAGCACCCCCUCGCCUGCGCACCUGUUCCCAAUCAGCACUCAUCACUGCCUGCAUUUUAGCCAGCCAGAUCCAGGAAUUCAGCGCCAGAGUAUUGAUGUUCAUCCGCGUCCUCCUUCCGUGUCCCCCGCCUCACUGUCCGCUCCAGCCACGCUGCCAAGCUAUUCCUCCUGCCCGUGCUUCCGCUUCCUUCAACUUCCCCGUUCCAAUGGACCAACAUCGCCCCUCGGAUAGCCUAUCCGCUGAGCAAUACUUAAUAAACCAUUCUCAUCAA